UCAACUAAAGGAGGGGAGAAAAAAAGUUGUUUUUAACCAAUGAUACCAUUCACUUUCUUUCCAACAACUUUGAUUGGAAAAUCGAAUGCUACAGCAUAACACUGAUUAGGAAUAUAUUAUGAGAUUGAACCUCUUUGCCAUUAUAUAGAAGUUUUGAUUAAUUUUCUUAGGAUACUUGUUUGCAGGAUAUGGGGCUAGAGAAGAAUUAUGCUGAGCUGAAAAGACAAAUACCAGUCAAUGAAAAUCAUAAUUUUUCUAAGGAAGAAGUUGAUACUGCUAAUGAGGAACUGAUAAAAGAAGUUGCUGUUUUGGAGCUGGAAGUUAUGUAUUUAGAGAAGUAUCUUCUUUCACUAUACCGGAAAACAUUCGCUAAGCGGUUAGAAUCACUGUCCAAAGAAAGGAAACUUUCAGAAGUCAAGAAACACAACAACAAAUCCAUGGAAAAUCCAAUAACUAACAGUACUAGUCCUUCUCCGUCGCCUUUCGAAAAUCCACGAGAAGAAUGUAAUGUGACAGCAGGAGCUCCAAACCUAGUUGACACUACUAUUGUGAGAAGCCACUCUUCAUUGUCUCACACUGCUGCUUCUUUUAAGCCUUCGCCUUCAGUCGGAUUUCUUGCUGAUGCUGUAGAUUCAUACCAUUCUUUGCCUUUAUCAAUGCUUGAGCAUGCUCAGGUAUCCACUUCAAAUGGAAGAACAGCAGAACAUAUUGUUAACAGUUGUUCAAAUCAUUUUCGUCGUGUCCCAAACCAGCUGUCUGAAGAAAUGAUUAAGUGUAUAUCAGCCAUAUAUUUUCAGCUUGCUGAUCCCCCUUUGUUCAGUUAUGAUUACCCGUUCUCUCCAAUCUCGUUAUCAUCAUCAACGCUGGAAUCUUUUCCUCAAGGUCAGAACGAUAUGGGGACUUUACAAUGCGAAGAAAGUUCAUCUUCCAAUUCAACAAUGAAUAACCCUUUUCAUGUUAAAGAUUCGAGAGAAUUUAGUGGAUCUUUUGUCACAAUGGUUGAAGUGCAAGGGCUUUGUCGAGAUAAACGGAGGUUAGAUGGUGUAGAUCACAUGUUACAACAUUUUAGGUAUCUAGUUUCAAAAUUGGAGGAGGUUGAUCCGAGAAAGCUGAAACAUGAAGAGAAGCUAGCUUUCUGGAUUAAUGUCCACAACGCGCUAGUGAUGCAUGCAUUCUUAGCUUAUGGAAUUCCGCGAAGUAAUCUCAAGAGAGUAUCUCAACUUCUCAAGGCUGCUUAUAACAUUGGAGGGAAUACAGUAAAUGUGGAGAUGAUUCAGAGUUCUAUACUAGGAUGUCGAUUGCCCCGAGCAGGUCAGUGGAUUCAAUCAUUGUUCUUUCCAAAGCAAAAGUUUAAGGCUGGAGAUGCAAGAAAAGGAUAUGCAAUAGAGCGCCCAGACCCUCGCCUACGCUUUGCUCUAUGCUCAGGAAGCCAUUCUGAUGCUCUGCUCCGGUUGUACACGCCAAAGAGAGUAUUCCAGGAGCUUGAAGUGGCUAAAGAAGAGUACCUUCAGACAAACACAAGGUUAAACAAGCAACAAAAACUACUUCUACCCAAGAAUGUUGAAUCUUAUGCGAAGGAAAGUGAUUUGUGCCCUUCUGGUUUGAUGGAAAUGAUACAACACGCGUUACCUGAACAUUUCAUAAAGAAAUAUCAAGGCAAAAUAUUGAAGAAAAUUGAUUGGAUUCCUCACAACUUCACUUUCCGUUACCUAAUUUCACAUGAAUUGCUUGAGUCCGUCUUAUCCUUCUGAUCGAAUUCACAUUCAAGUUGAUCAAAAGAGUAUGAGGAAGAUAGCUCAAGAUAUCCUUUCAAAUAUGUUGUGCGGAUUUUUCAAAAUACACUGGAAUUGCAUAUACUUGUAUCGGAUGCUUAAACACGCGUACUUUGGACAUGUACCUGUAGUUGAGUCUAUGUAAUAUAAUCUGUGAUUCAACUGUCAUUUUCUCAUUUUAAUGAAUGAGUUUUGUAAUAUUGUGGUUAAAAACUGCAACUCUUCUUCCUUUUGUGAAA